UCCAAAUUGCUCUGUCCCCCUAAACCCCUCUCUCUCUCCCUCUCUAUAUACAUAGAUAUACACCAAUCCCCACAUCAGAAUUUCAAAAUCUCUUGCACCUAAACUUGGUCAAUUAGCACUCAUGGCAGAGUUGGAGAGUCCAAGUGUGAUGCCAAAGGUGAUAACUUUCCUCUCCUCUCUGCUUGAAAGGGUAGCUGAAUCAGAUGACCAAAGCCAGCAACUCCUCCAACACAAUCAGAAGAUUUCAGUGUUUCAUGGCUUGAGUCGACCUAACAUCUCAAUUCAGAGCUACCUUGAGAGAAUUUUCAAGUAUGCAAAUUGCAGUCCAUCAUGCUUCAUUGUUGCUUAUGUCUACCUUGAUCGCUUCACUCAAAAGCAACCUUCUUUGCCCAUCAACUCCUUCAACGUGCACAGGUUGUUGAUUACUAGUGUUAUGGUAGCUGCCAAAUUCAUGGAUGACAUGUACUACAAUAAUGCUUACUAUGCAAAAGUAGGAGGAAUCACCAAAAUAGAGAUGAAUUUUCUUGAAUUAGAUUUCCUGUUUGGUUUAGGCUUCCAUUUGAAUGUGACCCCUGGCACUUUCCAAGCCUACUGUGUCCAUCUCCAAAAGGAAAUGCUGCAGACACAACCUCUGAAUUUUGCAGAUUCUAGCCUCAGUUUGGGAAAAUCACUGAAGGCCCACUUAUGCUUCAAUGAGGGUGAAUCUUCCCAUCAAAAGCAACAACAACAGCUAGCUGUUUGAUUCGAUGCAUUUUCUCAAUGCAUGUGUAGUCGAUCUGCUUGACUAGUUGUAAAUUAAAUGUAGUGUGUGAAUCUAUUACAGUCUGGCAAUUAAUCUACUUUUCCCUUUGGGGAAUUCGCUUUC